UUGGUUGGGCCUGGGGCUAGCCGAAACCUGGGAGCGGGCGGGGCGGAGCUGGAAAUGGGGCGCAGUAAGGCGGGGAGGCGACCCUGAGCUGGUUCUGUUCAGGGGGCGCCAGAGCCGGAGGCGGAGUGAAGUCAGGGCUGAGUGGGCGGAAGAGAGCCUGGGCUGAGACAUGGCCACUUACCACCCAGCAGGACACAUGCAACUGCCCAGAGCUGAUGCCAUUCGUUCUCGGCUCAUUGAUACUUUCUCUCUCAUCGAGCAUCUGCAAGGCUUGAGCCAAGCUGUGCCACGGCACACUAUGCGAGAGAUACUUGAUCCUUCCCAUCAGAAGAAACUUAUGUUGGGAGAUCAACACCAGCUUGUGCGCUUCUCCAUAAAGCCUCGUCAUGUAGAGCGGAUUACACAUGGCCAGAGACUGAUGAGCAGGCUUCAAGUGCGCUGCAGUUAUAGGCCACCUCUUUCUUUGUGGGCUGGAUGGGUCCUUGAGUGUCCUCUCUUCACAAACUUCAUCAUCUUCCUCAUCUUUUUUAAUACAAUUGUACUUAUGGUUGAAAUAGAAUUGCUCGAAUCUUCAGAUCCCAAACUGUUGCCACUGAAGCUGGCUCUGGAGGUGGCAGCUUGGUUCAUCUUGCUUAUUUUCAUCUUGGAAAUCCUUCUAAUGUGGCUAUCCAGCUUUUACCUCUUCUGGAAGAAUGCCUGGAAUGUUUUUGACUUUGUUGUCACCGUAUUGUCCCUGUUUCCUGAGGUUGUGGUGCUGGUAGGGGUAACAGGUCAAUCUGUAUGGCUCCAGUUGCUGAGGAUCUGCCGGGUGCUAAGGUCUCUCAAACUCUUUGCACGAUUCCGUCAAGUUCGAGUCAUUAUUUUGGCCCUGGUCAGGGCUCUCAAGAGCAUGGCCUUCCUCUUGUUGUUGCUGAUGAUCUUCUUCUACAUUUUUGCUGUGACCGGUGUCUACUUCUUCGAGAAUUAUACCCGUUCAACUCAGCAGGACCUGAAGUACCGCGUGUUCUUCUCGGACGUGCUGAAUUCCCUAGUGACAGUGUUCAUUCUUUUCACCAUGGACCACUGGUAUGCGCUGCUUCAGGAUACCUGGAAGGUGCCUGAAGUCAGCCGUACCUUCAGCAGCAUCUACGUCAUCCUUUCGUUGUUACUUGGUUCCAUAAUCUUUCGAAAUAUCAUAGUAGCCAUGAUGGUUACUAAUUUCCAGCAUAUCAGGAAUGAGCUGAAUGAGGAAAUGACGCACCUGGAGGUUCAGUACAAAGCCGACAUGUUCAAGCGACAGAUUAUCCAGAGGAGACAAAACCUAUCCCCUGAGGCACUGAGGUCAAGCCUUAGCAAAAUGGAUGCCAGAGAUACCAGUCAACAAGGGGAAUCUUUGGACUUAUCAGGAGCUUUUCAAGAAGAAUCUGAAAACAGUGUCACUGAAGAGAGUUCAAGAGCAUCUGAGUCAAAAAGAAAAGAGUCCUUGCCAAAAAAGAAAAAGUCCUCAUCUUCUUCCUCCUCUUUAUCUUCCUUCCUUUCCUCUUCUGAAUCCAGAUAUUUUGACUCUAUUGGUCAGUUGGACUGGGAGACUCAUGUGCACCAGAAUCUGCCUGGACUAAUGGACAUGGAUCAGGAUGAACGCGUUGUUUGGCCUAGAGAUUCACUUUUCCGAUAUUUUGAGUUGCUAGAAAAGCUUCAGUAUAACCUAGAGGAGCGUAAGCGGUUGCAAGAGUUUGCAGUGCAAGCCCUGAUGAACUUUGAAGACAAGUAAAGCCAACAAUGGAUGGCUUCGAUAUUUUUGGCAAAAGAUAAUGAAGGCAGUAGUUGGAAAUGGAGAAUUCAAAGUAUAAAUAUCUAAUAAAUACUGCUGAUAAUUGCUCAGCGGCCUGUCCCUGAAACAUAGGGGGUAUUGGAAGGUAAAAAGUCAAGCAAAAAACUGAGUUUAGAUACCAGUGGUGCCUGUGGUCCUUGGCUUUCUACCCUUUCCACAGCUGCUCAGGCUGAUUCUUUCCUUGACUUUGUAGCUAUAGUUCCCAGCCUUCCUGCAACUUCUACUUCCUGACUGAAUCCUAAUUUCACCCUCUCUCCCUGGUGGGUACAGGCCUGUCUGGUUGGGGUGGUUGGGGUAAGGAGAUCCUAGGAGCUGUUAGUGUAACUGAGAACUAUUGUUUCCAUUUCCUACUCGAUGAACAUUCUCCUGUGCACCAUUAACUUUAAUCAAACAUCAUUUUCACCUAUUUCUGGGACAAAAGAGAGUCCCUUUAUUCCAUUUCCUUGCCAUUGCUCAGGACAGUGAUUCCACUCUGUAGGAGUGUUCAAAUCGGUAAGUGUCCCAUAGAUUUUUAGCAUUAGACGGGACCUCAGAGUUAAUCUAUCUCCCAUAGAAACAGGGACAGCUUUUAGAACAUCACUGAA